GAACAGGAAAAAAACGCGUCUUAGUGCAAUCAUAACAAAUUAAGUUUUAAUGGAUUUUAUAUAAAAUAAAAUAAAUAAAACUAUUAAAAUAUAUCACUAAACUAAUAGUGAAGACUUUGCAUGUGAAAUUAUAUGUGAAAAUUUAGUGAAAAUGUCGAACAUGUAUCGAGUUGGAGACUACGUCUAUGUAGAGACAUCUCCAAACAGUCCAUAUCUUAUACGACGCAUAGAAGAAUUAAAUAAAAAUCAAACGGGUAAUGUCGAAGCAAAAGUAAUGUGCUUCUACCGAAGACGAGAUUUGCCAAACUCAUUAGUAAUUUUAGCCGAUAAGCAUCAACUGGCAACAGCAGAAGAUUCCCCACUGGCUAUGAAGUUGAAGAAAACCUGGCUUAGAACACCAGUUGGAGAAGAGCAAGCCGCACAAGCUGUAUUAGAUCCUUCGAUAGCAGCCCUGGAUGAAGAUCGUACGAGUCCUGUCAAUUCAACAAGCGGUGUAGGUUCAUCUGAGAAGGGAGAAUCGCUAACAGCUAAACAACGAUAUCAAAUAAAACAUCGUGAAUUAUUUUUAUCACGACAAGUCGAAGCGCUGCCUGCUACACAAAUCAGAGGAAGGUGCUCUGUAACGCUGCUGAAUGAAACUGAAUCAUUACAAAGCUAUCUGAAUAAAGACGACACCUUCUUUUACUGCCUAGUUUUUGAUCCAAAUCAAAAAACAUUACUCGCUGACAAAGGUGAAAUACGUGUUGGCAGUCGAUAUCAAAGUGAAAUACCUGCGAAACUGAAAGAUACCAAUACAGACGAACGCAAGUUGGAGGAAUUAGAAACACUUGUCUGGACGCCUCAACAUAGUCUGACCGAUAGAAAAAUAGAUCAAUUUUUGGUUGUGUCACGUUCGAUAGGAACAUUUGCGCGUGCUUUAGAUUGUAGUAGUUCGGUAAAGCAACCAUCGUUACAUAUGUCAGCAGCGGCAGCCAGUCGCGAUAUAACCUUGUUUCAUGCUAUGGAUGUACUGCACAAGCACACGUAUUCUAUUGAGGAAGCAAUGUGUUCUUUAGUUCCUUCCAGUGGACCUGUGCUGUGUCGUGAUGAAAUCGAAGAUUGGAGUGCCUCAGAGGCUAAUCUCUUUGAGGAAGCUUUAGAUAAAUAUGGCAAAGAUUUUAAUGACAUACGGCAAGACUUUUUACCGUGGAAAACAUUAAAACAAAUAAUAGAAUAUUAUUAUAUGUGGAAAACAACAGACCGUUAUGUGCAACAAAAACGUGUGAAAGCUGUAGAAGCGGAACUGAAACUUAAACAAGUUUAUGUACCACAAUAUAAUGCUGCGAAAAGUGGUAAUGCCAUCAAGGGUGGUGCUAACAUUUACAAUGGCACAACAAAUGGCGGCACAGAUCUUACCAAUAAUGGUAAACCUUGCGAGUCUUGCUCAACAAUUAAAUCCACACAAUGGUAUCCUUGGGCCAGCGGUCACAUGUCCAGUCGAUUAUGUCAAAACUGUUGGGAUUAUUGGAAAAAGUAUGGUGGAUUAAAAAAUUCAAUUAAACACGAAGUUGUAGAAACCGAAACGAAAAAGAAGCCUAUAGAAAUUGUUGAUGAUGAAAAAGUUAAUGACUUAUCCAACCGUCAAAUGCAUAAAUGUUCUAUAGUCAAUUGCGGAAAGGAUUUUAAACUUAAAACGCAUUUAGCGCGUCAUUAUGCUCAAGCACAUGGUAUUGCAAUCAGUUCAGGGUCACCUCGCCCCAUAAUGAAAACACGUACCGCCUUCUUUUUACACACAAAUCCCAUGACACGUCUGGCGCGUGUUUUGUGCAGAAAUAUUAUAAAAUCUAAAAAGGCAGCACGGCAAUCAUCUUUCGCAAUAAACACACAAUUAGUAAAACAGGAAUUUACAAACCGAUUGAAUGGUAAAUCACCAAUAGAAAUUAAAAAAUUACUUCUGUUCAAAAAGAAAGAACGUGGAAGCGUAACAAAAAUAGCGAAUCGGUUAGGUUCACCAGGAAUUGGACCGCAUGAAUGGUUAGUGUUAACACCGAAAGAUAAAAUGCCUAAACCCGAUGUUGUUUCAUUUCCCAAACCACCGAAAGCACCUGACGGUAGUUUGUUAUAUGAUCGUAUACCAAACAAAAUAAUAGAAUUAGAUAAAGAUAUAACUAUAAUACCAGCGCCAGCAGCGUCUUCAAUACGUAAACGUCCAUUGGAGGACGUGCAGCAAUUGAACGGCACUGAAGUAAAAACAAUUACAGUGACAAUUGUGCCUGCUGGACCACCAGCUAAGCGACCUAAUAAAGAUCCUAUGCCGGCACAUUGCCCAAGUCCGGAACAGUUUGCAGCUAUGAUGGCAGCUUCAGGCCAACCAUUAUCAAGACAUCAUUUAAAUGGUAAACCGAAAAUAGCACAAAUGGCCCGCACAGGUAAUGGUCGAAAACAAGUCAUCAGUUGGAUGGAUGCACCUGAUGAUGUCUAUUUUAGAGCAAAUGAAGCAAGCAAAAAAGCACGUAAAAUGCUCCCACCGGUUGAAAUACGUCGGGCGGCGCGAAAACCUUGGCGCAUUUUACCAAUAAAACCUGUCUUGAAUAGCAGACCAAUUGAUUCGCAAGUUGUGAUAUUAGACUGACCGUCAUCGGCAGCAUCGGCAUCGUCAUCAACUGAACUACAUUUCCAGCAACAGCAACAGUUGCAAUUGCCAUAUGCCAAACAGCAGCAUACGCAACAACAUCAUCACCUUCUGCAGCAACAACAACAAGUAAAACAACAGCAACCACCGUUUCCAUACACAAUGGAUGCGUUACUCAAUUAAGCUAAUUAUAGAAUAUUUAGGUAUAUUAUUAUUAUACAAACUGGUAUGUACGGAGUUAUAUGUUAUGGAAUUAUGCAUUUGAGUGGUUAUUGUGAUUAAUUGGAUGACGUCAGACUAUAAAUGUAUAUAAUUGUUGGCUUAUAAGACGAGAAAAUCCCAUAAGGACAACGAUACAACUAAGUAUGUAUUUAAAAAUUAAAUUUAGGUUAGCGAUAUAAGUAUAAUGAGUAAUAGGAUCAUAUUACACUUCCCUUAACGAUUGACCUGCAGGCUAAAAUGUUAUUUCUAAAUUUCAAUCUCACAACAUUACAUAGGAGAGUGAAAAAAUUUAUUCAAUUAUUAAAUUAAAAUUUUAAUUCUUCACGGUGUGGUUGGAAAAUUUCAGGUUAAUGAUAUUA